AUGGUUUCCUUCUUCAGUUUGAAGACGAGGCGCAGCAAGAAAUCCCGCACGAGGCUCUCACGGUCUCUUUUCGGAUACUCCCAGGCGGACGAGACUCCCGUAGAUGGAGGUCAAGGUCCAGGAAUCACGCCUAACAAUACCACAGUACCCGAAGAUUUGUUCGGAAUUCCAGGGAGAGCAGUAACAGCCAAGGUCGUCGGAAAUGUGGAAGCAGCUCUUCUGGAUGAGAAGACCGGACGAAGGAAACUAAAGGCCCUUUUCAGUCGGCAGAGCAGCAAGUCGACUGGGCACUUUCGGGAAGCGUCUCACCAAGCUGAACCCCAAAGCGCCGUCGAGGGCAGCAUUGCGGGAAGCGUCAGCCGGGUCAAACAACAGGUAUCUGUUCGAGAACUGCAGAGCCUUGUUCGGCAGACCAUGCAGCCGGGAUCUGAGAGCCGAAAGGUGAGCGACAAAAGCGUCGCUUCCGUCCACUCGAACAGCACAAGCGCAACCGUACAUCGUCAUCAGUCGAAGUAUACUUCAGAUCCCGUUGAUGUGGCUCUGGAUGUCAAUCCAUUUGCCAACGAAGUGGAGAACCAGAAUAACAACCCAUCGGCUGCUCUCAGGGACUCUGAGGUUCCUUCUCAAAGUGAUUACGGCUCUCGUGAGACACCUGACCCUGAGCUGAGAGACAUAUCUGACGGACCGGCUAUUCAACCGCAAUCAACCCCUUUCCUCUCGAAACAUGAAGGACUCCGUUAUGUGAACUCGGUCACCAAAGAUGGUGUCUGUCAGGAAGCCCUGCUGGAGAAAAGCAACGGAGCUAGCUGCUUUGACUAUCGACGAGCCGUGGUCGGCUACAAUAAACUUGCGUUCCAGUUCAACCUAAGACCUCUACAGCUGCAGCAGGACGUUCAUGCUGUCUCAGACAAGUCGCGUGUCAAUCAUGAAGAAAGACCGUUUGGUUACCGAGAAAGGCUGUAUGGCAAGAUGCGAACAGUUCGAUCUACAAUGGGGCUGCGAGCUGUAAAUCCUGUUCGCUCAGAGCCCGUAUUACAGCACCGCAAGACCUUUGCUAGUCUUUCAUCCCGGGUCAAUUCGAUGGAUUCGUUGCAGGGAAAGAGUGUGGAAACGCUUGCCCGUCUUGGAGGCCAUUGCUUUCUGGACCUACCUCUGGACUUUGCUCCUACCACGCUUCGGCUCCCGGCGUGCUUUGCGGAAACCGCGUGGUUUCUGAAAAACUUUGCAACCAAAGCCCGAGGGCUGUUCUUCGAUCACGGCGACCUCAGAGUGGCCAUCCGGCUGUACGAGCACUUUGCGGGGCAAGUGCUGGAGGCUGAGAAGGAACAGGGGAUUAUCCAGAUGACAACUCGGGGCAACAGUCUAACGCAGGUGCUUGACGAUCUGAACCCGAGCUGCCCACGCAAACGCUACAAUCAGAUACUCAGUGUGGGCUACGUAUUCCAGUCCCUGCUAGCAGGUCUCCCGGCGGGCAUCCUGGGGUCGCCGGAGCUGUACCAAGUGUUGCUGGACAUCUACUUCCGAUGUUUCUCUGGGGCAGAGCUGGUGGGUUCUCGGACAGGACUGGCGGGCCUGACCCAGGCAUCAGCGGGCAAGAUCCAAGCGAUCGCGCUGGCGACAAUCGCACUGACGAGCCCGAUGCAGUUCCAACUGAUCUGUGCGGUAUUUGGGUUGUGUGCGGUGCUGCUGCACGAGACAAAACGGCUGUUCGAGCUGGACAAGCUGGCGCGCGGGAUCGACCUACCUAGCACGCGGCUCGUGGCCGGCCUGCCGGACCUGGAACGACUGGGCCAGGUGUUUGGCCCGCUAUUGAUGAACGGGGCGGACGAGGGCGGCGGUAGCCCCCGGAGGCGCGGUGGCAACCAGCUUUCAAGCAACGAGAGCGAGGAUAUCCUGGCGGCGGCACAGAGGGAAGUGGACGGGGCGCGUGUGGCGCGGAUGUUGAUCGAAAACUGGCAUGCGGUGAGUCGGCAAGUGCGCGUCUGGGGGGGUUAUCAGUAUCCAGUGAACCGGCUGUCGGUGCCGUACCUGGUGGAUAGUUAG